AUGGAAGCACCUCCCCGCGUCUCCGCCGACCAGGCCCUCGCCAGGCUGGGCUACAAGGCCGAGCUCCCGCGCAACCUGUCCAUGAUGUCCAUCCUCGGCCUCUCCUUCGCCAUCAUGGCCGUCCCCUUCGGCCUCAGCACCACAAUGUACAUCACCCUGACCAACGGCCAGGCCGUCACCGUCCUCUGGGGCUGGGUCCUCGUCUCCAUCAUCUCCCUCUGCAUCGCCGCCUCCCUCGCCGAGAUCUGCGCCGUCUACCCGACUGCCGGCGGCGUGUACUACUGGUCCGCCAUGCUCGCCCCCGCCGGCUGGGCGCCGCUCGUCAGCUUCGUGGACGGAUGGCUUACCCUCGUCGGCAACUGGACUGUUACCCUGAGUAUCAACUUUAGCGGUGCGCAGUUGAUUCUCAGUGCGAUUAGUGUUUUCAACGAGGACUUUGUUGCCAAUACGUGGCAAACUGUGCUCUGCUUCUGGGCUGUCAUGUUGAUUUGCGCUGGAGUGAAUGCGUUUGGAUCGCGGUACCUGGAUCUGAUCAACAAGGUCUGCAUCUACUGGACUGGUGCUUCCGUUCUCAUCAUCAUGAUCACUAUCCUGGUCAUGGCCCCCAGCAAGAGAUCUGCCGAGUUUGUCUUCACCCACUACGACGCUUCCGCCAGUGGAUGGGCUCCUGGCUGGUCAUUCUUCGUCGGUUUGCUCCAAGCCGCCUACACCCUCACCGGCUACGGCAUGGUCGCCUCCAUGUGCGAGGAAGUCCAGAACCCCGAACGCGAAGUCCCCCGCGCCAUCGUCCUCUCCGUCGCCGCCGCCGGCGUCACCGGUGUCAUCUACCUCAUCCCCAUUCUCUUCGUCCUCCCCGACGUCACCAUGCUCCUCGAGGUCGCAAACUCCCAGCCCAUCGGUCUCCUCUUCAAGACCGUCACCGGCUCCGCCGCCGGUGGCUUCGGCCUCCUCUUCCUCAUCCUCGGCAUCCUCAUGUUUGCCGGCAUCGGCGCUCUGACCGCCGCCUCCCGCUGCACCUACGCCUUCGCCCGCGACGGCGCCAUCCCCGGCUACAAGCUCUGGAGCCGCGUCAACCACAAGCUCGACAUGCCCCUCUGGGCCCUCGGUCUGUCUACGGGUGUCGACAUGAUUCUUGGCUGCAUCUACUUUGGCUCCAGCGCCGCCUUCAACUCCUUCACCGGUGUUGCUACCAUCUGCCUGUCCACCAGCUACGGCGUGCCCGUCCUCGUCAACCUCAUCCAGCGCCGCCGCGCCGUCGCUAACUCGCCCUACCCGCUCGGCAAGUUCGGCACCGCCAUCAACUGCAUCUGCAUCGUCUGGAUCUGCUUCGCCGUCAUCAUCUUCUGCAUGCCCGUCAGCUUGCCCGUCGACGCCUCGACCAUGAACUACGCCUCCGUCGUGUUUGCCGGUUUCGCCUUCAUUGCCGUCACCUGGUACUUUGCCUACGCGAGAAAGAACUUCCACGGACCCCCGGUUGCCAAGGAGGAGUUCCAGCCUGGGCCGGAGGGCACGCUGGAGGGAAAGAUCCCGGGAAACGUUGACUCGGAGACGACGGCGAGUACGGAAAAGAAAUGA